UACAAAUGAGCUUGGUAAAAUUAAGUUGUGUCCUGCCAGGACAUUUAAAAAAUACACUUAGUUGUUUUUCUUAAAUUAUUAUUAUUAUUUUUUUAAUUAAAUGUUUGUCUCUGUAACAGUAUAUGAUGUAUGACAAUAAAAAGCCUGUAUCCUAAUAUGCAUUGUUUUAACAAAAAUGAACUUUUAUUAUUCGGAACUUGACUUGGUACAUAAUUUUUUAAUAACAAUAUCUUUUUUUUAACACACUAAAACCAAAAUAACAUCGAAUUACAAUCAGGCAUAAUAAACGACAACUUCCAUUUUAAGGGGUCCUUAUUGAACCCCGGAAGUCUGUUACUCACAUGUUCUUGUUUACAUUAGCAAGUUGCUAGCGUGUAUUUUGUACCCUGUGCCAUAGCAACUAUUUUCCUCGCGUUUCUAAACUCCUGAACUAUAAAUCGGUACAACAUGAUGAAGGUGGUCGCGUUGAUAAGUGGGGGUAAAGACAGCUGCUACAACAUGAUGCAGUGUGUUGCAGCUGGACACAGGAUCGUGGCUUUGGCCAACCUACGCCCUGCUCACACAGAUGAGCUGGACAGCUACAUGUACCAGACGGUGGGCCACCAGGCUAUUGAGCUGUAUGCAGAGGCCAUGGACUUGCCGCUGUAUCGACACACAAUUCAGGGCUCAAGUCUGGACACCAGCAGAAACUACAGUGAGACGGAGGGCGACGAGGUGGAAGACCUGUACCAGCUGCUGCAUCUUGUUAAGGAAAAGGAAUGUGUUGAGGCAGUGUCUGUGGGGGCCAUCAUGUCUGAUUACCAGAGAGUCCGUGUGGAGAAUGUAUGCUCACGGCUUCACUUGCAGCCCUUGGCCUACCUGUGGCACCGGAACCAAGAGUCCCUUCUUCACGAGAUGAUAUCGUCUGACCUACAUGCCAUCCUCAUCAAAGUUGCCGCCUUAGGCCUGGAUCCAGAGAAGCACUUAGGAAAAUCCCUUGCUGACAUGGAGCCGUAUUUGAAAAAGCUUUCUGAAAAAUAUGGAGUCAAUAUCUGUGGUGAAGGGGGAGAAUAUGAAACAUUCACCCUUGAUUGUCCUCUCUUCAAAAAAAAGAUUGUUAUUGAUGCAGCAGAGACAGUGAUCCACUCAGCAGAUGCCUUUGCUCCAGUCGGCUACCUGCGCUUCACCAAAAUGCACACAGAGAAGAAAACCGGCGACUUGGUGGCAGGAGCUUUGCCCCAUGGUAGUUGUCCUUGCCAGAAAGCCAUUGACAAGAUGACAGAGGAGUUGGAAUAUGCUGAUCAAGCUGAAGACAACCCGUGCAAAUUUACAUCAAAUUCUGACCUUAGUUGUCAGGGAGGCCACGAAAUUCUUCCAUCUGUCUCCCAAAGAAGCUCCAGAGGUUUCCAGUGGAUCUCUGGCAUCAGUGGGCUCCAGAGUGAAGACACUGGGAUUGAAGGACAGACUCUGGCUGCUUUCAAAAUGCUGCAAAAGUUGGAAAGCAGAUGUUUGGCGGUGAAAAACAUUAUUUUGGUUCACUUGUAUGUGAGGAGCAUGCAGGACUUUGUUGCUCUUAAUGAAGUCUAUAAGCAACAUUUCACCACAAAUCCCCCAGCCAGGGUGUGUGUCCAGGCACCACUACCUGCUGGUCACCUCCUUCAGAUGGACUGUCUGCUCCAUAACCGGCCUGAACACUUAGAGGAGAGCCGUUUCUGUCCGAGAGAAGCCCUCCAUGUCCAGAGUCUGUCACACUGGGCACCAGCCAACAUCGGGCCGUACAGCCAGGCCCUGAGGGUGAACAAGGAGGUUUUCUGUGCUGGUCAAAUCGCUCUGGUCCCUUGCACCUUGCAGCUGCUUCAGGGUAGCACCCAUCUUCAAACCCAGCUGGUCUUCAGCCAUGUGAAGAAGGUUCUGGAAGCUACAAUCCACAGCUUGACUUUGGCUCAUGUUAUCCAGGCCCAUUGCUACAUCACAAGGUACCAGGACAUCUGGCUGGUUAGAAACGCCUGGAAAAGCCUCUUCAGGGCCACAGAGGAGGAGAAGGAUUUAUUGUGGGAAUCUGACAUCAAACCUUUGCCACUACUAAUCGCAGUGGUGCCCGCCUUACCCAAGGAUGCAGCCGUUGAGAUUCACGUGACCGCCGUUGAAGACGAUCCCACCAGAAGAACUGUUAGUCACGUGACUUCUGAGGUGGCAAGUGGGACCAUUGAAUGCCACGUGAUGCAGUCUUCUGAUGGCCAUAGCGGCUCACUCGCCAUCUCCCUGUCCGGGCCUGCUGAUAACCUGGGCAGCACUGAUGCCAGGCAGGUGACUGAAGAACUUAGUACCGCGUUUGUGAAAGCCAAGAAGAUGAUGGACGCGAAGCUGGUGCCACAGUGUGCAAGAGUCUUCUACAAGUGCAGCCACUUACUGGCACAGCAGAUUGUUACAGGACUUGAAGAAAGCUUGAAAAGCUCCUUGUUAGAGUCCAGUCCGUCGGUGGCUUUGGUCCCUGUCCUGGACUUUCCCGACUCCAAGAUCCUCCACCUGUCUGGCUGGUUCAGUUCAUAGAAACAAAGUUGAAGUGAACGGACAUACUUGAUCUGCCUACCAGAAGAUCUAAGGGGACCAGAAAAUAAGCACCACCUAUUAAUGUGACCCGCUUGCCGCUUUUAAUUGGUUAAAAUUGAAAGUACACAUGUAUCCAAGUUGUUUAGAUGUAUUUAUUCCAUUUUAUUCCGUUUUAGAUCGAAGGGUUUUAUACCAACAAGAAACUCUUUAAUCUCCCACAGCAGCUGUCCCUUCAGCUCACAGAGAAGACUUUUGGAACAUCUGCAUACCACAGAACUUUCCUCUGCAAAGGAAGACUCCAGCAGUUCCUCACUCCACCAGGCAGCACACCCUGAUACCCCGCUGUUUGUGGUGGAAUCUUUCUUAACCUGCAUCCUUUGUACAGGCUGAGCCACCAUCUCUGACGCCAUCAGUUGGGUUGUAAACCUAGAGAUUUACUGUGAGACUGGUUUGGAGCUGUGCGUUAUAUGUUCAGAGGAUGUGAGUGGGAUUCCUUCUCAUGCUUCAUAGAGCCCUUGGUGUGUUAUUAUUGUGUAAUAGGCAAUCAGUGCCAAGUACCUGAAAAGAUUAGACCUUUUUAUGUUUUCUAUUGAUUCUAAGGCAGCCUGGUUAAUAGAAGAAGGACACUAGCACACAUGGCUGCAGGGCAAGUUUUUUUUCUAUGAGUGAGCAAGUAUUAAAGGGGGAUAGUCAUUGGGAACAGUGUGACGAUGUUGCAAGAAAAUACCUCCAUUAACCAUCGCUUCUGCAACAUUUCUUUUCUCAGAGAUCAUGAACCGUAUUGAUAGUUGGAGUUGGGAUGCAUCUUCACCCCAGCUUUUCUCUUUGCCGCCCUUUUGAAGUGGACUAUUGAUCUCCACCCUACACAUUGUUGUUUUGAUUGUUGUCAUCAAAAAUUGAACAAUGGUGGUAGCCAACGGAGCCUGAAGAUGUGUAUCGGGGGGUUGAAAAAUACAAACAAGCAAUUAUUUAUGAGGGCGCAAUCCAAUUCCCCAUAAACAUACAGUGUGUUAAUGUUGAGCUGUUAAGUUGUAAAGACUCUUUACAAAGUGAGAGUUUCUGAGCGACACAGCUAAAAAGAACCACUUCAAGAUCACAUUUUCUUUCUAUGUUUUCUACCUUGAGUUUUCCAUUUGUGCACUCUUUUCACAUUGGUCAGGUCAAUUUAGCUACAAUUUAAUUUGAAAAUACUCAAACUGUGGAUCAUUAGCAUAAUUCCUGUUAAGACUGUAAACCUUUUUUCUACUAUAUCCUGAUUAUUUCUAAAAUAAAUAAAUAAAUAAAAAUAGU